CACGAAUAGCAGCUUUGGAGCACGCCACUGCGCAUGUGCAUGAAUUUGGAAGCACGAAUGCUACCUUCGCGGGUUGUCGGAAAUGUGUAAUGUGCUUUAGACUUUAAGGUGACCGUGAAUGCAGCAGCUGGGACUCCGAGUCGAAACGUCUGGGGCAGAUUUAUCUGGCUGGCUACUGGAUAUUAAAAAGCACAUGAAGUCCUUACCGAGGGAAUGUCGGACAUCUGAGUGUUACUACUUUUUUCUUCCUGGUCCAUUUCUGCUCUCAAUAACCACACUGUUCUGCAGCGAGACUUCAUUGUUGUGCCACUAAAUUUGUGAAACAGCUGGUGGGACCAAGUUGAUGUACGAUGGUGAACUUGUGAAUAAACUGUCAGAUAAAAAACAACUAGCGAGGCUACUGCAGCUUUGUAUAUAAUGUCAGCUGUCACUAACACAUUUGAGAAUGUGAAAGCGGUUAUCUUAUCAGCUCAUAAGAGCUCCACAUCAAGAGAAAAGGUCAACUUCUACAACUCCUGGGCAGAGAACUAUGAUCAGGAUGUGGCUGUUCUGGACUACCGUGCACCAAGUCUGGCAGCAAACAGCAUCUCCUCCCAUUUCAACGGUGAUCGUGAAGCAGCCGUUGUGCUGGAUGUGGCCUGUGGGACAGGACUGGUGGCCAAACAGUUGAGGAAACACGGAUUUAAACAUUUUAUGGGUAUUGAUGGAAGUGAGGCUAUGUUGGACUUGGCCAGAGAGAGCGGGUUGUACCAGGACCUGAAGCAGUCCCUGCUGGGAGAGGAGCCGCUACCUGUCCAAUGGGGUUUCUUUGAUGUGGUUGUUAUUGUUGGAGCGCUGAGUGUUGGUCAGGUCCCGGUUGAUGCAGUCAGAAACUUGUGCAAGUCCACCAAACCAGGUGGCUACGUUUGCAUGACAACCAGAAGUAACUGUGACAAUGUGGACUACAAAGUUUCCCUGGAGCGUGAGCUGAAGCAGAUGGAGGAAGAGGGAUUGUGGACUUGUGUAGACGUCACUGAGGUGGAAGACUGGGAGAGAGCGGUGUCAGAACAGGAGGACGGCUACAUAUCUGGUGCCGUGUACCUCUAUAAGAAACUAUAUGUGUAGCAUGACCAUGUAGAUGUGACUUUGUAUCUCAGCAAAUGAACAAAACAGCAUUAUUAAAGAAGAUACAAAAUAUUCAAAUAACUCAUAUUAGACUUCAAAAAGAAAGUGUCUAGAUUUUUUGAUACUUUCAGCCUCUUAAAGACCCAGAGUUAAAACUGCAUUGCUGGGAGUAAAUAUGAGGCUUGAAAUGUUAAUGACUAGAUGGUUCAGUUUCAUGAUUAACAGUAUCCACAUUACAUUGCACUUCAGAUGUCUACAGAUGUGCAGUAUCUUGUCGAUAAUGCAGUAAAGUCUUAAUAAAAAAUGAUUGCAAACAUGAGAA